CUAUAGCGAUUCGGUGCACGUUUCGCAGGAAGAAUCCUGUCUUGCCAACUUCCAUCGGUUCUUGUCCUAAAAUAUGGAGCAAGAACGCCUUCUCCAGCAUUCCUCGUCUUCGGUUCGAAACCCAUCACUCUCUCCGCUUUCGUCGCGGGGUUGAACCAGCCAGCGUCCUGCUUCGCCGGCGGCGGCCGGCGGCGGCGGAGGAACGUCAACCCACGAAGGGAAACGAGAUCAUGAGGCUGCUCGCAUCCCUCAAUUCCAGUCGCUCCGUCUCUCUUUCCUCUGCUGCUUCUUCUUCUUCGCUGGUUUCAGUACUGUCAACAGUCCUCGGUGCCCAACACGUGCGCCCGGCGAUUCCCUCUUCGUGCUCUCCGGGCGCGACGGAGCACUUGCUUUCUCUGAUCAAGUCGUGCGCCCACGACUCCCAUCUGCGCCAAAUCCACGCCCGCAUCCUCCGCACCCGCUCCCUCGAAGAACCCACCAUUUCCCUCCGCUUCUUGUCCCGCGCCGCGUCCUCGCCGUCCGGUGGCAUCACCUACGCCCGCCGCUUCUUCUCUCAGAUCAAGAACCCGUCCCUGGCCGAGUUCAACGCCAUGAUUCGGGCUUAUUCCGGGAGCGAUUCGCCCGCGGAAGGGCUCUACUUGUACAGAGAGAUGCGGCGGCUCGGCCAGAGGACUGACCCGUUGACCUCUUCUUUUUGCGUUAAAUCGUGUAUAAAGAUGGAGUCUUUGACGGGUGGGUUGCAGAUUCACGGAAGGAUUGUGAGGGACGGGCAUCAAUCCGACAGCCUUUUGCUCACUGCUUUGAUGGACUUUUACUCGAGUUGCUAUAAGAGCGAGGAAGCCUGUGCGGUGUUUGAUGAAAUGCCCGAGAGGGACACGGUUGCUUGGAACGUGUUGAUUUCGUGUUACUUACGUAAUCGCCGGACCCGUGAUGUGUUAGCAGUGUUUGAUGCUAUGACUGGUGGAGAGUGCGGGUGCCAACCGGAUGAUGUUACUUGCUUGCAUGUCCUUCAGGCUUGCAAUAGCUUGAACGCUGUGGAAUUUGGUGGAAAGGUCCACGAGUAUAUUGAGGAAAGAGGCUAUGGUGAUGCUGUCAAGCUUUGUAACUCUCUUAUUACAAUGUAUUCGAGGUGUGGAUCCAUGGAUAAGGCUUUCAUGGUUUUCAAGGGAAUGCGAGUUAAGAAUGUGGUUUCUUGGAGUGCUCUGAUUUCUGGUUUAGCCAUGAAUGGGAGGGGAAGAGAGGCAAUUGAAGCGUAUCUGGCGAUGCUGAGAGCAAAUGUUGUUCCUGAUGAUCAAACGUUCACAGGAGUACUUUCAGCUUGCAGUCAUAGUGGAUUGGUUGAUGAAGGAAUGUUGUUCUUUGAGGGAAUGAGCAAAGAUUUCAAAAUAAUGCCGAAUGUCCACCACUAUGGAUGUAUGGUUGAUUUAUUGGGUCGAGCUGGCUUGCUUGAUCAGGCCUAUGAACUAAUAAUGUCGAUGUUGAGCAAGCCUGAUUCAACGAUAUGGAGGACCUUACUUGGGGCCUGCAGGAUUCAUCGCCACGUUGCCCUUGGAGAACGUGCAGUAUGGCAUUUAACUGAACUGAAGGCUCAAGAAGCAGGGGAUUAUGUUCUAUUACUGAACAUUUAUUCUUCUGUUGGUGACUGGGAAAAGGUGACAGAAGUGAGAAAGUUCAUGAAAGAGAAUGAGAUUCAGACGACACCUGGGUGUACAACAAUCACGUUGAAUGGAAUUGUGCAUGAAUUCACUGUGGAUGAUGUGUCACACCUGCGGCAAAGUGAAAUUUAUACUAUGUUAGACGAGAUUGGAAGUCAGCUGAAGAUUGCUGGUUAUGUCCCGGAAAUAUCAUCUGAGCUGCAUAAUCUAAGCUCCGAAGAGAAAGGUUAUCGGCUUUCUUAUCACAGUGAGAAAUUAGCUAUUGCUUUUGGCAUCCUUGCAACUCCACCUGGCACAACUCUUCGAUUAGCUAACAAUCUCAGGAUCUGUGUGGAUUGCCACAACUUUGCCAAAGUCCUUUCAAGUGUUUAUGACCGGAUAGUAGUAAUCAGGGAUCGUUCUAGGCUUCAUCACUUUCAAGGAGGACAUUGCUCCUGCAAUGACUAUUGGUAGGGAUGAAUACUAAAGGUCAGAAGAUGCAACAAAUGUGCUCUAGCACAGGUACUCGAGAACAGUGGCAUUUGGCUAGACUUGGAUCAUUGACAUGGUGUGCACAGAGUUGGCUAGAGCACCAGUGAGUUUAUCUUGGGGAGACGUUCGGGAUUGGUAGUACGAGUGUCUAGGACCAUUGUAUUAUUGGAUGAGUGGUCUUAAAGCCUGAGAUGCCCGAACAGCUCCCUGUUCAUAGUUCCAUCGUCUGCAUUGCUGAACUGUAGCAACUAUGCAGAAGGAAUUCAUCCAAGCCACCUGAAAUUUUUUUUGAGAGGCACUUUGAAGGGGGGAAAUUUAUGCAGACAGGAUCUUACCUAACAUCUCCAGCAAAAAAGCACGUGACAAAGUAGCAAGAUCCAAGAACCGUUUUUGGAACAAUUAGUCUAUGAGGAUACACAAUCAGGACUAUGCUGGUUCAUCAACAUGACCCUGAAGAAAGCGAACUGGUAGCACAAGCACCUUGCAUAGGCAUUUGAAAGGUUGUCAAACUGCUUACAACGUACUCAGAUCUCAAUAAUGGCUGCGUUGAUGAGCUUGCAUCUUAUUUUACUUUGAGUGAUAUCAGAAUUGUUUGAAUUGGUCACAGGCUUGCAGCACCUGCAAGUGCACACGGCCUCAUUACAAGAUGGCUUUAUUUAAAAGCAACCUUUCUAUGCAUAAGGCUAUCAUUCAUAAA